GGCCGCUCCUCGCCAUGUGGGACUAGGAGGGGUGCGGCGGUCUCCUCGGUGAACAUGGAUGCGGCGGGCAGGGCCGGCGGAGGGGAGCAGAGCCAGCCCGGCAGCGGCAGGGACGCCUCCGGGGACUCGUCCAUGGACCGCUACCUGCGAUCUCAGGGCUUGUACAGGAAGAAGGUGGCCAAGGAUGGCUCCUGCCUUUUCAGGGCUGUGGCCGAACAGGUGUUGCACUCUCAGUCUCGGCACAUUGAUGUUAGGAUGGCUUGUGUAGACUAUCUUCGGAAGAAUAGGGAGAAAUUUGAAGCAUUCAUAGAGGGGCCAUUUGAAGAUUAUUUAAAAAGUUUGGAAAAUCCGCAGGAAUGGGUUGGACAAGUAGAAAUAAGUGCCCUUUCUCUUAUGUACAAGAAAGAUUUCAUAAUAUACCAGGAGCCAAAUGCUUCUCCUUCACGUGUAACUGAAAAUGGCUUUUCUGAUAAGGUAUUGCUGUGCUUCUCAAAUGGAAACCACUAUGAUAUUGUGUAUCCCAUAGAGUAUGCAGAGAAGGCUGCUCUGUGCCAGUCUCUCCUGUAUGAGUUGCUCUAUGAGAAAGUGUUUGAUGUGGAUGUAAAGAAAAUCAUGGCAGAACUUAGUGCUGUUGGUGUGGCAGAGGAAAGUAAUGGGAGCAGUGAGGUGUCUGCUUCGGAUUCGGAGGAUGACAGCUACAGAAGUAAAGCUACAACAGUUAGUGAUAUGAAUGGCAUGAAGUCUCUUUCUGGCAACAAGCACCUUGAGAGCAAUGGGAGUCCCACCUCGCUGGUGUUGCCUAAAAAGGUUCUGAAAUCACUUGAUCCCUUGGUUUACAGAAACAUUGAAUACGAUGUUUGGCUCCGAUCCAGAUGGGAUCAGCAAAAACAAGAUUUUUCUAUUGCUGCUGGCAUGCAAUACUCCAUUGGAGAUAAAUGUAAAGUGCGCUUAGACCAUAAUGGGAAAUUUUAUAAUGCCCAUAUUCAAGAAGUUUGUUCAGAGAAUGGGCCAGUUGUUGUAUUUGUAGAAGAGCUUGGAGCAAAGCAUGCUGUCUCACUGAAGAGCCUUAAACCUCUUCCACAGACCUCUCCUAUGGAGGGCUGGAACACUGUGCCAGGGAAGAAGAUAAAAAAGUUUUACCCAACAUGGGGGCAGAAUGCUCAGCCUGAUGCAGAGUGCAGAGGGCCAAAGAAUCAGAGCAAGUCAAUCAAACCCCAGUCAGCACUACCUCCUCGACUUCAGCAUACUGUGGGAACCAGGCAGCACCAGUUCUUGUGUUCUGGGCCCCAACCUCAUCAGACCUCAACUGAGCAGAAAGCUCCGGGCAGGACUCCUUCCCAGUCUGCAAGGAAGGCGGAGCGCGAGCGCGGCGAGGAGCUGAGCCACCACGGCAGCAGGGACUGUCACUACUUUGGGCUGUCCCCCGAGGAGCGCAGGGAGAAGCAGGCCAUAGAGGAGUCCCGCUCCCUCUACGAGAUCCAGCAGAGGGAUGAACAAGCUUUUCCUGCUCUUUGCAAUAACCAGUUAGUCUGUCAGGCUGCUACACAAACUGUGGAUAAUGUAAACCAGAAAAAGUUCUCCAAUAGUGAAAGAAGAAACAGCAAGUGGACAGCAGAGGUGGAAGAACAGAAGGAGAAAGAGUCAAAUUCCAGGCAGAUCCACUUAAGUCAGAAGCUUGAGCCAAAUUCAUCUGAGAAGAAUAGUCAAGAUGAGAGUUAUCCAAAAGCUUCAUCUCCUUUGGAACAAGUAAAAACAGAUUCUCCGAUUCUUGCUGAGCAAGUAAGAAAUGUUUGUUUGAUUUCAAAGUUUUCCAGUCAGGAGACUUCAGACAAAGGGGAGCUCCAUCACAGCCACAACCUGACCGAGUGCUUGCCCAGCGUCACUCCGACACCCUCUCCAGUCUUCUCUGAGGUGCAUUUACCUCCAGCAGUGCCUUCUGUACCAGCCAUUGUGCCAGCUUGGCCAAGUGAGCCAGCAACAUAUGGACCAGCAGGUAUUCCAACUCAAAUACCUGCUUCUUCACUGAUGCCAGGACCAGCCACGGGACCUGACUCUAUUGUAUCACAGGCUCAGGUAACAUCUGCUUCAGGUGCUGGAGUUCCUGUGUGGCUACAAGCAGUUAACCAGCCUUUAAUGCCUUUGCCUCAGACUCUGAAUCCCUACCAGGAUCCGCUCUACCCAGGAUUCCCUUUUAAUGAAAAGGGAGAAAGAGCCGUUGCACCUCCUUACUCCCUGUGCAGUACUGGGGAUGACUUACCUAAAGAUAAGAAUAUUCUUCGAUUUUUCUUCAAUCUUGGUGUGAAGGCAUACAGUUGUCCCAUGUGGGCACCCCAUUCUUACCUGUACCCCCUGCACCAGGCCUAUUUAGCUGCUUGUAGAAUGUACCCAAACGUGUCCCUUCCUGUGUAUCCGCACAACCCCUGGUUCCAGGAGGCUGCUCCAGCUCAGAACGAAAACGACACUGCACGACCAAACAGGCACUUUGCUGUCCAGACCGAGGCCAGGUCCAAUGGUCAGAUUCCACAGGUUGACAGAUCUCCAUCACUGCCUCUGAUCAUACCUUCAGCUCAGGUGACGGAAAGUCAAGGACAGGUCUGUGUCGAACCGGAGAAUCCAGCGCAGGCUCUUCAUGCCAACUAUGAGGAGUCCCUGAGAGGGAAAAAUAUGUUCCCGCAGCCUCCCUUUGGACACAAUCACUUCCUAGGAGCUGUUCCAAUAGCACCUCCUUUCUUUCCUCACUUCUGGUAUGGGUACCCAGUUCAGGGUUUCAUUGAGAAUUCAGUAGCGAGACCUAACGUUGUCUUGUCUCCUGAGGACAAAGAGGCAGCAGCUGGCACGUCUGCCAGCAUGUACGUGGGCAAAGAGUGCAGCCCUCCAGUUCCUGGAGUGAACUGUGCAGAGCAGCUCCAGAAGACCAACAGUGGCUCCAAUACCGUCCCAUUCCCAGUGGCUGCUGCAGGGAGCCCAAAAGACACUUCAGCCAGGGCACCUCAGCUGGAGCAAACCAGUCCUGCUGCUCCUAAGCAGAAAGCAGCCGGGCAGCAGCAUCGCCCUCCGCAGACGCAGGGCCCAGAGAGGCCGACGGCAGGGCCCAGCACGCAGGCACUGCUGGCAGAACCUCCCAAAAACGAACUGAAAGCCAGCACUCCCGGCCGGAAGGAGAGGCCUGCUAAAGGGAGAGAGUCCAAGGGCGCUGGGAACGCGCAGCCGGACAGCAGGGCCCAGAGAACGAGGGAGGAGAGCUCUGAGGACGACACGGAGGUUUCCGACAUGCUGAGGAGCGGCAGGUCCAAGCAGUUCUAUAACCAGACUUACGGAGGAGGCAGAAGGCCCAGACCUGACAGGGGUUAUUCCAGCAGGGGAGGAUACCAGUUCCAAAGAAAUGAGGAGGCCUGGAAAGGACCACCCAGCAGAAGCAGAGAUGACGGCUACCAGUAUCAGAGAAACUUUAGAGGGCAGCCAUAUAGGAAUGACAGGAGAAGGGCAGCACUGGGAGAUAAUCAGAGGGGGCAGCAAGCAUAAAAUGAGUGGAUAAUUGGAAAAUUUAAGCAAAAAGUAAUUUGAAGUAGCAGUUUAAAAUCCUAAUUUCUUUUUAGUGAAGUUCAAUGAUGUUUAAUUUUGGGCUAAUUUUUGGCAAGUAAAGACUUAGGAGGAUGUCAAGUCCUACCAUAGGGUUCUUGGGGGGGGCGAUUCUAGAAUUUGUUUGGCUUAGCAGUUUUUCUUCAAUGUCAAAUUAGGAAAAAAAAUAGGUUUAGUGUUUGAUAAUUUUUUUCCUCACAAAGGUUUCCGUUUGUGAUAGAAAAUGGGUAUGUGCGUUUACUAGAGUGACAAAUGACAGCAUUUGAUGUGAUCUAGAUCCUAAAAUUGACAGUAACAUUGCACCAAAUAUAAAUGUAUAUUUUAUCAUACAAUGCCUUAGUUCUGAACUGAGCUAAAGGAAUUCUCAGCCUACUGCACUGUUGUCUCUGAUAUGCUUCCAACCCAAAGGCCUUUCAUCUCAAAAAGAAAAAAGUAUCUGUCAAACUUGAAUGUUUCUCUUGUGUUACACGUAUGGCAGCCAGCUAACCCUGUGUCUUAGGUAUGUUGUAUAUAGUUCUUUUCAUAAUCAUAGGGUAUAUUUUUGAAUUUUAAAAAGCAUUUAUUUGUUGAAAUCAAAAUCAAGACAAGCGGUCAAGAAUACCUGUGUAUGAACUGAUAAGAAUGGCUGUUUCCACCAUGAAUUCUUCUUAAUGCUGGUGUGACUAGAAUGGUGCCUAUGCCAACUGAAUAAUUACAAAGACAAUAAAAAUGUAGAUGCUAUGCAUUUCCAAAAUAAUUCUGCAUCUGUUAUAAUAGCAGAAGUUUUUUUAAUGCCACUUUAACACUAAUGCACUGACAAAUCCUAGAUAUUUUGUGAGGAGAUGCAUAAAGUACAUGUUACAUUUUUUUAAGUUUGUACGAUUGAGCUACUGUUCAGUAUUCUUUUGUUGUUGCACUGUUGAUGUUUUGCAUGUACAACUCCUUGCUGGAACUACUUUUAAAAGCAAGAAUGGAGAGUCUCAGUGUGCUCUGCUCUUCCCUACAAUUCAGAAGAAAGUGGCUUCUGCCUUAUAUUUUUACACUGUGUCAGAGUUCUGAUGCUGUUUCUUCUGAGCCCAGUUACGAUCUCCGCAGUGUUCCUGUUGCCUUUGCAGCCUGGAUGUUCAGCUGUCCAGGCUCGGAGAGUGCAGUGUGCACAGUAUUCACUCAGCUCUGUUGCUCUGUAAAAUUGAACUGUUGUGUAUAUUUUUAUAUCUCUGUAUACAGUAGUGUAGGUGACGGUACCCAUUCAUUGUGUCUGAGAUUGUACACCCUUGGUGCAGAUACCAGAGUGAUAGUUACAUGAUAAAGAGUUUGUUUUCAGAUGCAUGCUAUGUAUAAAACCCUAAUUAAAAUAAAUGUUUUGUCUUUUCA